AAUUACUAAAUCUUUUGCUCUGCGAAUACUAAAAUUCCUAGAUAUUUGUUGAUUGCUUAUUUCUUGUUUGUUUUUCCAUCUUUUGUUUUACUUUCUUUCUUCUUUUGUCUUUUCGAGAAAGGGGAGAGCCUCGCUGAGCACUAUAAAUAAAGCAUGGGAUGCAAGCUUAGAGUCGCAUAAUUCUCACCGUAGAUUAAGUAGGCCAGAACUGACUAGCGAGUGAGCAAGAGUCAUGGAUAAUUCCAUCGCAACAAGGUGGAGGGAUCUUAGCGGCGAGAAAAACUGGAAGGAUCUAUUGCAUCCUGUUGAUCCUGACCUCCGCCGCUAUGUUAUUCACUAUGGUGAAAGGGCUGGAGCUGCUGGAGAUCUCUUCAACGACACAAUGGCAUCCAGGGGGUUCGGAUAUUGUCUUUAUCCACCAGAUGAGUUCUUCUCCAGGGCUGGUCUAGAAAAUGGAAAUCCGUUCAUGUAUGAAGUGACUAACUUUUUUUAUGGGGCCGCAGAUAGUAAUGACUCCAAUUGGUUUGGAUAUGUGGCGGUUGCUACAGAUGAAGGAAAGACUGCUUUGGGAAGAAGGGAUAUCUUGGUUUCUUGGAGAGGAACAGGAACAGAACCGGAAUGGAUUGAUGAUGCAAGGUUUUUUACAACAUCAGCUAAAGAGUUAUUAGGAACCGACCAUGCUAAGGUGCACUCCGGCUUUCUUGCUAUUUAUACAGGAAAAGUCUCCAAUUCUCCUUAUAACCAGACAGGUGCCAGGGAUCAGGUUCUAAAAGCAGUUCGAAAACUGGUAGAUAAGUACCAGAAAGAGGAUAUAAGCAUUACAGUUGUCGGCCACAGCCUGGGAGCAGCCCUUGCAACCUUGAACGCCACUGAUAUAGUAGCCAAGGGAUAUAACAAACCCACAGACAAUUCAAAUAAGAAGUGCAUGGUCACAGCUUUUGCAUAUGGUAGUCCACGCGUUGGGAACCAAGAAUUCAAAGAAGUAAUUGAUGAACUCAUUGAGCUUCAUAUCCUACGCAUCACAAAUCCAAAAGAUAUAAUUCCCCAGCUUCCAGUGCUUUUAGGCUACACUCAUGUGGGGGAAAAUUUGGCAAUCGACACAACCAAAUCACCGUACUUGAAGCAGGGUAUUAACGCUCACAAUUUGGAGGUUCACUUGCAUGGAGUCGCAGGGGUACAAGAAAGCGGAGAAUUCAAACUGGAAGUUGAUCGUGAUAUUGCACUCAUAAACAAAAAAAUUGAUGGUUUACAGAACAAAUAUAAAAUACCGCCUGAAUGGUGGAACCAUGAGAAGUUCAAGAAUAUGGUUCAAAUGAAUACCGGCCGUUGGCAGUUUGUUGAUUGUGCUUAUGUGCCAGAUCCUCCAAAUGAUUACCUCCAGUAACAGUAUAUAGUUCAUGCUGCAAAAGAAAUUAAAAAUCACAGUGGUUGCUCUACUUAUGGUCAAAGUGGAGGGGACGGCAUAGAGUUUGUAUGUUCUCUGCAGUUAUUGAUUUCCUUAGCUUGGGUAUUUCACAAAGUUAUGGGAUCUAUCGGCACCGGUUAGCCUAGCUAGGUCCAAUGUGCUUCUACUUCUUUUGCAGCUAUAAUUUGUUCUCACUAUUAUUAGUUUAUCUGCUACAUGCUAUUAAUGAAAACUGGAAGUAGAAACCCCAUUUUCCAGGAAAGCAUUUGUCCCUAUUUGAUUGACGGGCUACCAUCAAUACCCUUUUUGUUCUCAUUCGGAACUCAAGCCCAGCCACCUAAAGAAACCAUCGCGUUAAGCUCUUAGGGGAAGUUUUUGGGUUUUCGGAAUUAGGUCCAGUGUGGUUGUGGAUCUAUCUGUAUGGUGGGCUUCCAAUGGUGUUCACACGGAAUAUAUUUAUAUAUUCGAUAAUAACGUUAUGAUUUUAUAUUCUUCAAGAAGCUAGGUACUUGGAGCACUUGAAGAAGUUAUCUGUUGGAUUUAAUAGUGCAAUACUAAAAUGCAUUUUUAUUUUAUCAGUUGUCUUCAUACAUAUUAAUAGUGAAAUACACUAUAUUGGAAAAAGCCUUAAUUAUGAUGUAAU